AUGAAAAGUGAUGCUACUCUUAGAUCCCAAUCUCUAGGAGCAGCCUCUCAUCAGUCUCUCCCAAACACAAUAUGCUUGAACAAGAUUGAUGAUCUCCCAGAGUUUUUAUUGGUUGAAAUCCUUUGUCGACUUCCAUGCAAGUUUGGUUUACGAUGCAAGUGUGUGUGCAAAUCUUGGUCGACUCUCAUCUCCCAGCCUUAUUUUGAAAGCCACCGUGCUCUAUAUCUUCGAAACAACUGUGACAAUGAGCAAAGAGCAGAGUUAUUUACGAUUUCCAAGCAGUCUCAUCCGGGGUUAAAACCACUCAAUUUUGGUCUCAGCAGCCUCCUCCAUUUAGAUGAAGAGCCUAUUGUGGUAGCUACAUACAAUGACUUUAUUUUGUUGUGUGACACUUGGCGUUAUCAAAGGAAUUACUACGUUUGCAAUCCAUACACGAAGCAAUGGGUUGCUCUUCCUCGGGUUCCUCGACGCCGAAAAGAUGUGCAUGUGGGGUUUACCUGUGAUUCCGACAUUAGGUGCUGCAAGGUUGUAAGAAUUCUUGGAUUUAAAGUAGAGCCGGAGACGCAUCCAUUGGAGGUGGAGAUCUUCUCUGCUGAGACUGGUAAAUGGAUAAAAUCAGACCUUGUAUUACAAGGCAUUAACCCAACUCUUUAUUACUAUGAACGUAUCAAGAGGAGAAUUUCACCGGUUGCUCACAAUGGAACAUUGUACUGGAUGACUGCUGGUGGCUAUCUUAUUGGGCUGGAGCUUUUCAAUAAGUUGAACAUUAAUAGCACUAAAUGUCAUGGUCGUUUUAUUUCCAACCCUCAUCCUGUUGAUGAAAACUUAUUGAAUGAAGAGAUGGUAUGUGUUUGCCAGGGGUGUGUGAGGCUAUGCCGGUUAUGUAGGGGACUUGGCAGAUGCAGUCUCUAUGUUUGGGAAUUGAAAGGAGAUGAUGAUCAUGAGGGGGAUGGAGGUGGGAGCGAAUGGUGUUUGAAAAAGUUGGUUGACCUGCGUCCAAUUAUUUCGAGUCUCUGGGGGAGCUAUGAGCUUCUGGCUUUCGACCCAAAUGAUGAAGAUAUAUUGUAUCUAUGGCGUAUUAACUGGGAGAAUAUACGUAAAUUGACGGUAAUUGAAAUCUCUCAAAAGUUUUCAUCUUCUUGUCUGUUAAGAACCUUUCCAUUUGUGCUCCCAUGGUGGCGGUGCAUGGCCAACACCAUUUCCUAG